CUCAUUUCCAACCCUGACAGAGAAAAAAAAUGGUCUUAUUUUUGUUACAACUUACAGCAGCUUUAUGAGCUGAUUUCUGUUAAGUAGCGACAGGUCCUUGGUUCUUCGAUGGAACCAGGUAAGUACAAGGAUUGUUCUGUUUGAUCUGAGCCAUAUUUAAAUAUAAUUGUUCUGUUUGAUCUGAGCCAUAUUUAAAUAUAAUUGUUCUGUUUGAUUUGAGCGAUAUUUAAAUAUAAUCUAAUCUAGUGAGAGGAGAAUUCGAGCUUUUGUGUAUAGGGUUGCCCCACGCUGAUCUAGCAGGCUUGACUACAUCCGGCCUGCAAACAUGGGGGACAAGAAACUUCACGUUGCCAUGUAUCCUUGGUUUGCAAUGGGGCACCUGAUCGCAUUCCUACACACCUGCAACAAAUUAGCCGAGAGAGGCCACAGAAUCUCCUUCUUUGUCCCCGUCCAAACCCUACAAAAGUUGCAGGCUUUUAAUCUCUACCCGGAUCGCAUUGCCUUCAUCCCCAUCCAUGUCCCUCACGUUGACGGCCUUCCCCCGGGCACUGAAACCACAACUGACGUCCCCUUUCCCCUGCACUCGCUCCUCAUGACCGCCAUGGACCUCACCAGGCCUGCAGUUGGACAAACCCUCAGGGAACUCAAGCCCGAUUUUGUUUUCUUCGACUUCACGCAUUGGCUGCCGGAGUUGUUACAUGAGCUUGAUAUGGGCAUUAAGUCCAUACAUUACUGCAUAAUUAGUCCUGCAACUAUUGGGUACCUGUCAACCCCCGAAAGAAAUCCGACGGAGAAACUGCCAACGGCGGCUGACCUUAUGCUGCCUCCGCCAUCUUUCCCUGCAUCAUCGAUUACCCUACGAACGCACGAAGCUCGUGGGCUUGUAGCUGUCUUGUUGAAGGAAUUCGGCCGUGGGAUGACAUUCAUGCAACGCCAAUUUCUUUCUUUUAGUAGGUGUGAUGCUAUUGCUUUCAAAACUUGUAGAGAGAUGGAAGGGCCCUAUAGCGAUUAUAUCGAAACCCAAUAUAAGAAGCCGGUGAUUCUCGCAGGGUCGGUGGUGCCAGAGACCUCAAUUACAGAGUUGGACGAGAAAUGGGCAAAAUGGCUUGAAGGGUUCGAGGCCAAAAGCAUGAUUUACUGCGCGUUUGGAAGCGAAUGCAAUCUGAAAAUUGAUCAGUUUCAAGAAUUGUUGUUGGGUUUUGAGCUCACAGGUUUGCCCUUCUUCGCAGCGUUGAAGCCACCUAUGGGAGCUGAAUCUAUCGAGUCAGCAUUGCCGGAAGGGUUUGAGGAGAGGACACGAGGAAGAGGCGUUGUUUACGGGGGUUGGGUUCAGCAGCCAUUGUUCUUAAGGCACCCCUCUGUGGGGUGCUUUGUGACCCAUUGCGGCUCAGGGUCCUUGUCCGAGGCGCUAGUGAAUGAGUGCCAAUUGGUGCUGCUGCCGAAUGUUGGGGAUCAGAUCAUCAAUGCACGAAUGAUGGGCUGCGAUCUGAAGGUUGGAGUGGAAGUGGAGAAAGGAGACUUAGACGGGCUGUUCACGAAGGAGGGUGUUGCCAAGGCAGUGGAAGCUGUGAUGGAGGAUGGCAGUGAGGUAGCCGAGGAGGUGAGGAGCAACCAUGCAAAAUGGAGGGAAUUUUUCUCCGGCAAAGGGCUUGGUAACUCUUAUUUGGACAGUUUCGAACAAAAGCUGCAUAAACUGCUUGAAUGAUUUUCUCUAGGUGGCCUUGGAGGAAGUAAAAUUCCUCAAUUCGUUUACUGCGCACGUUACGAUAAUUAUCUUGAUUGAUCGAGUUUUAUGCUUAAUCUUGUUCUUUGAAACUUCAUUCCUAAGAAGAAUGUUAGAUUACUAACUUGAAGUAAAAGAAACAAAUUACUAGACGUGUUAUGAUUUGAAUAGAUUUGUAACACCACCACAACAUAUUCCAUAUAUAUAUAUAUAGAUAUGCAGUUUGAUCUUUUAAGAUAGAAGUAA